UUUCUGGAUUCGUGGAUGCUUUGCGCCUCAAAUCUUCUUUGUUUGUUCGAGGUGCAUUUUUGGUUUUGAAGAUCGAGAUAUCGUAACGUAACUGGCGGUCAUUGUUGGAGGUGGAAUUUCUGUGAGAAUGCAGGGGAAAUUGUUCGCGCCUCCUCUUCCACCAAAGCUAUCUGAUUCAAACCGGAGGAAUGAAGCAUCUGGGCAAAUGAAGAGAGUAUAUCAAGUCUGGAAGGGCAACAAUAGAUUUUUCCUUGGUGGAAGGCUCAUAUUUGGUCCUGAUGUGAGGUCUAUGGUAUUGACAAUAUUUCUGAUUAUAGUUCCAGUGCUUCUCUUUGCAGUGUUUGUUUCACAGAGGCUGGUUAAUGAAUUCCAGCAUCAUCUUGGGGAACUCAUAGUGGGUAUACCAGUUGGCUUUGCAUUCUAUGUUAUUUUUCUCCUCUUCCUGACAUCUGGCCGUGAUCCGGGUAUCAUUCCUCGUAGUCCACAUCCUCCAGAACCAGAAGAUGAUCAAGUUUCUAAUUUGUCAUGCACUGCAAGCCAUGGUGGACUCUCAAGUGUACCUCCUUUUAAAGAUGUUAUUGUUAAUGGCGUUCAAAUCAGGGUCAAAUAUUGUCAAACCUGCAUGCUCUAUCGGCCUCCACGGUGUUCUCAUUGCUCGAUUUGCAAUAAUUGUAUUGAGCGCUUUGAUCAUCACUGUCCUUGGGUGGGACAGUGUAUUGGAAAGAGGAAUUAUCGCUUCUUCUUUAUGUUUGUUUCUUCCACAACCCUCCUAUGUUUCUAUGUCCUUACUUUUUGCUGUGUUAGCCUUAAGAAGAUCAUGCUUACUUAUGAGUGUAAUUUGUGGGAGGCACUUAUGAAGUCACCAGUCUCUGGCAUUCUCGUAAUAUACACCUUUGUAGUUGCUUGGUUUGUUGGAGGGUUGACAAGCUUUCACAUCUACUUGAUCUGCACCAAUCAGACCACUUACCAAAAUUUUCGCUACCGCUAUGAUGGUAAGAUGAAUCCAUACAAUCGAGGUUGUACCCAAAACUUCAAGGAGGUUUUCUUCUCUCCAAUCCCCACAUCAAAAAAUGAUUUCCGAGCGAAGGUUCAUGAGGAUAUAAAUGUAUUGUCUUCUUCCUUGCCCAAGAGUCCAGAUAUUGCUAAAAAUAGCUUCGACUUGGAGAUGGGUGGGAAACGAAUGGCUGUGGGUGCUGAAGAAUUUGAUGAUGUGCAGAGCCAGAUUAGUAGCCUGGCUGUGUUGGAGAGAUCUGGCACACAAACCCUGCGUGGAAGCUGGGGUAGCCACAAAGGUAACUGGGAAAUAACACCGGAUUUGGACGCUCUGACUGCCGAGUUUGCCAUGGAAGAUGGAUUUACAGAUACAGAGAAGUAUGAAAAAUCUGAAGAAAAGUUCUCUGACUGAACCUGAAAAUUCUUGAAUUGGCUUGAGAGAAAGUGGGCUAUUUUGUAAGGCUCCUUUGCUUGGUAGUUUUUUCGUUCAUGAGCAAAUCUACAAAUGUUUGUUCAAAAAGCUGGUUCUUUUUCUUGCCAAUUUUGGUGACCGACUGGUCAAUAAGGGUGAGGUAUUUUCUUAAGAAAAGUGAACUGCACUGCAAUUUGCUGCAUAUCAAAUUUGCUCCAGAUAUGGCCACCUGGAGAUGGUUUCUUAAAUGUUUGCAAGGUCAAAUUGUUGCAACUUCCAUAGAAGUUGAUGGCUUACUUAUAAAGAAUGUGUUUUUAUUUUGGGUUAGUAGUCAGGAAGCUCCAUAGCAGCAAGUUUUUCACCAAGCAGUUAAUGUGCAAUAAUUCUA